AUGCAGGCGGAGCGGGGCGGCAGCCGGCCCCGCAGGGAAGGGGCCCGGCACGGCCGGCGGCGCCCCAGCGGCGCGCCCGACACGGCGAAGGAAGGAGGCGGCGGGGACGGCCACGGGCGCGGAGGAGGCGGGGGCCGGGGAAGAGGCGGCGCUUACGGGCACCGAGGAGGCGGGGGCCGGGGCAGGCGAGAGCCCCGAGGUCGCGGGGCAGCGCCAUCGCCUAGCGCCCAGCAGCACCGGCGGGUAGAGGAGGAUGAUGAUACUGAAUCACCACAUGAAGAAGAGAAGGAAGAAGUGAAAUGCUAUUCAAGAAGAAAGGUAUUUUCUAACUGGAGCCGCUAUGAGGAUACAGAAAAAGAGGGACAGAAUGAAGCUGGGGAGUCACAGAGAGGAACAGACUUCAGUGUUUUGCUUAGCUCAGCAGGAGAUUCCUUUACACAGUUUCGGUUUGCUGAUGAGAAAGAAUGGGAUAAAGAAAGUAUAUGCCAUAAGCAGUUCUCUGCACUUUCUGUUGACUGCCAGUCUUUGGUCCAGGCCCUUCAGGAAUUGCCUCUACAUCUAAGGCUGAAUAUAGCUGCUGACCUUGUGCAGGCAUCAACACCUCUAGAGAUCCCACAGAUGAAAUCUAAAAUUUUUGAGGAUGGGAAGAAGAGAGAGCAGCUGUUCCGACAGUCUCUGGCUCAGAGUGAAACCGGGCUGGUCUCCCAUCCUGUUGGUAAUUCUGUUGCUCCAUCAGAACCUGGGAGUAAAAAUGGCUCUCAGGCAAAUGCAAGAGAAUCAUUUCAAAGAGUCCAUCCACUAUCAAGUCAGGACACUGACCAUUUGGAUGAAGAACUAGAUCUUCUCCUGAAUCUAGAGGCUCCCAUUAAUACAGAAAGUGGACCUGUGUCAGGUACAUUAUCCUGCAGCGUAUCAACUGAGAAAGAUUUGAAAAUGGAUUAUAAGGAAAAUGAGCCUUUAAAAGUAGAUAUGCCUGAAGAGAAGAGCACAUCAUCACAACAGCAGCAAAAUACAUCCAAAGAUGUUACUGAAGAAGAGCUUGAAGAUUGGCUGGACAGCAUGAUCGCCUGAAGCUCAAAUUUCCUCAUAUGAAUAAUUGAAUAUAGCAAACAUUAUGUAGAAACUUGAAUCUUUCUUUAUCACCUUGUUAUUUCCUUUUUCUGUCUGCCAAAUGCCUGUUUUUCUAUGCUGGCACUUAAAAUUUUGUGCAACCAAAAUGAAUUUAGAUAAGAUUGAAAAAUUGUUGAAGACUAAUGAUAUUAUUAGAAAGGUCUAAAAUUUGUGAUGAAGUUAGAGUUUUCUUUGCUAAAGAAGCAGGCUACGGUGCAGAAAUAAACAGUUAUUUCAGCUUGUACUUGCUCUAUGUAGUCCUUAAAAUAAAGCUGUGGAUGAACAAUGAAUAUAUGUGUUUUUAGUUACCAUUGUCAAAAAACUCCAUAUUGUAGAAAAGUGGGAAAGAUGACAGCAACGGUUAUAUUUGGUUUAUAAUACUUUAUUGCAGUGGGCACUUUUUAUUAGAAGAAAAAAAAAAGCAUAAUCCUAGCAACUUCUACUUGCAGGUGACCGUAGAGCAUUGUUUUAUUUUGGCCUAAGAUUUAAAUUGUGUUCAUUUUGAUACAGUGUAUAUCUUUUAACAGCAGCAUCUAAUAAGCUGUUAUUGAAGGUAGUAUAUAAACAAACUUUAAGUGCAAUUUGAUACAGAAAGACAGAAAAGCAAUAGAGUUAAUGGGUCUGUUCAUCUAGAACACUAACAAAAAGUUUGCAUAGCUAUGUCUACAGAGGUUUUAAGGCACUUUAAUGUUUCAAGGUUGACAAAGUGUUUGAAAAUGAUUUCUUUUUAACUGCUUAAAGCUUUUCAAACUGUAUCUUGAUACAUUCACUAGCAAAUUCUCUGGGGAAAAACUGGACAGCAGUUAGUUGAACUAUUUUUUCUGAGGUACAGUCUCUGAUGUUCAAGUUCUUCCAUGUCAGAUGUGCAAUUAAGAUGCCUUUUAGCCCUUUCAACUGUACUGCCAAACACCAGGUUAAUGAUGUAGUCAAAAAGUUGUUAUAAUUUUAGGCCAUAUUUGAACUGGAAGGCUUAAGUUAAUCUGGCAUAGUUUUUUUGCUAAUUAAAAUUCCAACAAAAGACCUGUUUCAAAAAGCCUCUGAAAUAGUGUCAAAUUUUAUGUGUGUCUUGAACUUUGAAGACAUUUAAAGCAAAUACAAGUUGUGAAAUUAUGCUGUGAAAAGAACAGAUUUUUUUUUUUUUUUUUUUUUGUAUAGUGGAUCUUAGCAGUUCAUGAAUAAAUCAUUUCUUUUGUGAUAUUAACCAAGCUGAUCCUCAUACUGUUUUCGGAAGCAGUCCCCUGCCGGGAAGAAAUCCCAACAUCUUUCUUGGUACAUCUUCCACACAAAUGAUUCCUGAAAAUGAGAACGAGUAUUUAUUUUACCAGUCACUGUGCAGUUAGUGCUGUAGAUAAACGUUUAACAAUAAACACAUAUUGUGCCUGCUACCAUGGAGUAGAAUUGGAGCUGGAACUCAAAAUAUUGUAACUCAAUAAUGUUUAUAAGAGUUGUAUACUUCUCUUAAUUCAGUACUACUGAAAUUUAAGCUCUAUUUAUAAAAUAUCAAAGUAUAAAUUAAUCAAUCCCUUUAUAUCAGAACAAACCUGUUGACAAAUUUGUAUAUAAGCAAAUGUGUUUUCCUUUGAAUGGAAAACAAAGGUACUUCUGUAGCAUUUGCCUAAGACCUUCUUAUUAGUGAGAAGAUAUAAUUAACUUCUAGUUAUGUUCUUAUUUAUUUACCUUUAGGGCCUAACAAUGCUAAUAUAUGGUCACCCAAAUGCCUAUCUAUCUACACAUAUAUAUAGAUUUUGACUAUCAAUAUAGUAGCUUAACUCCUUAAUCCUCUUGGCAAUAAACUACACCUGGUGCAUUUGACAUUUUCUUUUCAGAGAUAAGAUGACAGUAAGAUUACUACUAACUGACUUCUGACAGAGUUCUCUGCAGUGAAGCAGUGCAGCAUUCCCCCCUCCCCUUUGUUUCAACCCUUCUUGUCUUUCACUGGCAGUAGCCUCUUGGGGAGAGUGGCAUCAUCCACACUUCUCAGUGGUACAUCAGUUCCACCUGCUGGUACACAGUUACAAGGCUUGAGAAGAUAAAAAUGUUGAAAGAUAAGCUUAAUGGUUUUUCUUAUUUUCUACUCACCUGACCAGUAUGUUCAGUUUCAUCCUUGUUGAUCAGAUACAUUAAGAAGAACCUGAAACAAGCACAUGAAGUGGGAAUUAAUGGAGGAAACAUGAUCUCUCUGCCUGAUCUUUUCUAGUCUGGGGUAUGUGUGGAAGAUAAUGCUGACCAGCAAAGCAAUGACACUACUAGGCAUCUAAAGUGCUUAAUUUAAGGGAGAAAAUUCUGUCCUGAAGCAUGUCUCCUGUGAAAGUGCCAGCAGAUAAAAGAUCUGUAGAAGUAGAAAAAUGCAAUUUAGCAUUUUCUUCAUUUCAGUGUGAGGAGCAAUACCUGAAUUAGAUAUAUGCCAAAUUCUGAGCACAUAUGCUCCAACAUGUCACCUUGGAAGAGGUUACUAUGGCUACUGCAUGAGGAGUGUGCUAAAUACUGAGCUGCACCAGGAGUUCUGAGCAUUGCUGCUAUACAGCUCAGAGGCUGAGCCUAUCCUUCCCCAACACCUGAGCUCAGUCAAAUGUUGAGAGCUUCAACUAAUUAGGAAGACUGUAGAAAGUCAACUGUGGUCUGUUUAGAGGUAAUACUAGUCCUGAUUGGUCAGUUUCGGUGCAGGGAAUUUGGAAUGAUGCUAUGUGCUUUCAUUGUGAAGGAAGGAAAGGACACUGAUUUUAACAGUUGUCUAAUUAGACGGUAACCUGGAUAAGAAGAUGUUCACUAUAUAUUCUGUUAUGAAGAAAAUGGCCAUUUUUGAUUUACAAUGAAUUAGAGGUUCCCAUGUAAUAACUAAGCAAUUUGAUACAGUAAGAAAAGCUUGGAUGUUGUAGACUAGUAAAACUAGAAGAAGUUCAGAUGCACUAUUCCAAAGCCAGACUGCUAUAAGAUUUCACCAGUUUCUCCUUUCAUUCUACUGGUGCAAUUCUUGUAUAAUUAAUUAUCUUUGUUGUAUGAGUAACUAAUGCAACAAGAAUAACUUUUUAAAUAUCCUCUUACUAAUGAAGUACUAAUAUCCUCAUUUACUAAUGAAAGUGGAAGAGCACUCUCUUGGGAGUUUGAUGUAGUCUAAACAUGUACAGCUCCUGAGUGCUUCAAGGUUUCAAAAUGCUCCACUGUCACUAAAGAACUAUAGAAAUGGAGUUAAUUAUUUUUUGGACCUUAUCUUUGAAGUACUUUCUACAAGUGCCUUUAUUUGCUUUGUUUUGGGUUUGGUUUUUUUUUUUUCAUUGAAGCCAGUUUUCUCUGGUCUCAUCAGCAUUACUAAGCCACCAGCAUUCACAACCAAAACUUCCAAACUAAAGCAACUUAUUAAACUGUUCCCUAUCCUUCCCCAUAUCUGGCUUUCCUACCAGCAGAGUAAGGAGUUGAUGUGCCUUCUGGUCUUAUACUACUAAGGUACCUCAUGUGUAUGGUGAGCGCCUGAAAGGUAACCAUCAGUAUGGAAUAGAGGAGGGGAGACCCUAAAGGAGAGGAAAUAUUCCUCAGUUUUCUAGAAUUCUGGCUUGGGAUUUUCAGCAAUGUGUGCACCUAAAUGACACUACAUCUGAAAGGUCUCUUUAUCAUAAUUCCAAUUGUAAAAUGUACUUACAGAUAGUUUGCCAAGUUAUGUUCUUGCAAAGUAUGUGUUUCAAAGCCAUGUGGAGUUGUGUCAAAGUAGUCAUUGCCGAUUCCACAAAUAAAGCAUUUGGUCUGAAAGCAAAAGUUGUGGUUAUAGAUGAAUUUUAACUCAAAAACACUAAUUGGUGACAAUCUAGGUGAACAAGAGCAAUGAAAAAUGUAACGUGCUUCCUACCUCCAUGUCCUCCCUCACUUGUUCUUGCUGGUCUCUUAAUUCACCAAAAGCAUCAAUAAUCAGACCUGUUUCAAAUAGAAAAGUAGCAGUACUUCAGUACUUAGCAAUAUUCAUAUUGCAAGUAAUGUCAUUCCUCUAGAA